CUGAUAUCUCAGCGUGUAGUGUGCAGUAUACGGUGUCCGUCAGUUUAAUUGAUUUAUAUCUUGCGAUUUAAUGGACUAUACGGUUCCCGCUCAUUUGUUCCAACAAGCUGACCGUGUGUUGGUUGUCUGGUCGUCACAAAAUCAACCAACUACAGAGGCUAUGAAUGCUCUACAAGAAUCAGUGAAAAAUCAUGUGACGGAACUACACAUGGAGAAUUUGGAGCGCAUUUCGCAUGAAUCGUCUGCCCUGAGUGCUCAUGAACGUCACUAUUCUUUGAUUCUAUGCGGAUGGCCAGUUCCUUUGAGUUCUGGCACGACUUCCUUCGAGCUCUUGUCCAGUUUAGCACCUUGUUUGAAACCUGGUGGACGACUUAUCGGUCGCGAGAAUGUUUCGCAAUGUGACAAUAUAAAGAAGAUGAUUCAGCUUUCUGGUUUCGUGGAGUUCAGUCAGCUGGGUACUGAUCCUAUGAUGUUCCUCGCGCGCCUUCCAUCCGAAUACGCGCUUGGAACCUCCGCCCCCUUAUCUUGGCACAAAGAAUCCGUGGAUGCCGCCUGGGAUGCUGUGGACGCAGAUGUUUCGAAUGGCGACAUGAUCAAUACGGACUCCCUAUUGAAACCGACAGACUUGGCGAAACCAACUCCUUGUGGCCAAGCAACUGCGAAUGUAGCUGGACAGCCGAAGAAGCGAGCGUGUAAAAAUUGCACUUGCGGACUAGCUGAAGAGGAAGCAAAAGCAGAUGCAGUAGAAAAGGCAGCGAACUCAGCGGCUGCAAAGUCUUCUUGUGGCAAUUUUCACAAUAACGGCUUCAGUAUAGAUGAAAUCAAAAAGUUGCGUGAGUCAUGUGUGUUGCUAAGCUGGAGAGAUAAAAACGAUAACACCAGUAGUUUAUGCAGUCUUUGGGCUCAAGAUAGCUCAGUGGUUAAGGCGCCAGCUUACGGGUCGGAAGGUUCGUUGAUCGAACCCAACAUCAGCGUCUCGACAGCUCCUGUCAGUAUCCCAGCCCUCAUGUUUUCUUCCGUUGGCAUGGCACCUGGGCACCGAAAGGGUGCUACAGCUGAACGAUUUGAUUCGGUUAUUUAUAUAGUCCUCAACGUCAUGGUGGGUAACAGAAUAGCCAAAUUCAUGCAAGAUAGGACAUAG